AUGUCAAGCUUUAUCCUGUCAGCCUUUUCUCUACCAUGCUGCAAACCUAGUAGCACUGAUUCUUCUAAUAUCAAGAUAUGUAUCUACAAGGGCUUUUCCUGA